AUGGCCCCUCCGAGAAAACCAGAAGAUUACACCCUCCGCGUAACCGCCGGUCCAACCUACGACCUCUCAACACACGUCGAAGUCCCCAUCAAUUCUUCCCGCCUAACCCACAUCGAGUCUCUAGAGGGAAUGGACAUUGAUCUGAACGUGCGCAUUCAAAACUACCGUGGUCUGCCGAGGGGGUCGAAUGAGACAUCGCCUUAUUUCGAGAGGGAGCCUCAUAGGUAUAAUAAGGAUCAAUACUCUAUCGGACUCCAAUUCACGCCCAAGGCACCAUCACACGGCAACAGCAAAGCUAAGGUGAAUGGUAGCGGGAACGGGAAUAGGGAUGAGAAUGGGUCAGCAGCAACAGAAGCAAGUGAAGGACGUGGCAGCAUGGUCAACAAUGAAAAGGACGUCAAAGAAGAGGGAGAAGCAGAAACAGACCAAGAAGGACAUCAACCGCAGGGAAUCCCAGCCUCAGACCUCCAAUUCGGCAACGACUUCGACCACCCCAUCCGCAAUUACCUCCCUCCAGGCGUGAACACAGCAAUGAACAUUCUGAAAUGGUGGAUCGACCCUGGACUAGAGGGGGACGCAUAUGCUGAUGAACCGUUUUUGUAUGGGCCGGCACUUAGCUCUUUCAAUUCUGUCCGCGUUGGGGCCGGGGAACACGAUGAAGAGGGGGGGUGUGGGCUUUGGGUCGAGGAGGGUGCUUCUUCAUCGGAGUCUGAGUCCGAAUCUGAGGAUGAGAGUGGCGAGGACGACAAAAAAGCAGCAACGGCAAAAGCGAAGAGCAGCGACAAUGGCACCAACGACAACAGCAACAACAACACAUCAAUGCAGGAGGUCCUUAAGGGAUCGUGGGUUGGAAAUGAUGCUAAGAAGCGGCAGAAGUGGGCGUUGAAGGAAGAUUCCAAAAAGAAAUGGGUGUGGGAAUAUGGACGCACGUACAGCGUCGACUUUUAUAACCCGUACAUUGACUUUGGCAAGUGCGAGCUGAAAUUGCCAGGGUUUGGGGUUAAUGUGUUGAGGUAUUGGGAUGGCGAGACUGGGUUGAGAUACGUCCUCCGCAACCGCCUCACCAAAAAGCCCUACCUCGUCAUUUUGUUUACGCUCUACCCGAACGACAUGGUGAACGAAGACGGCACGCUCAAGCCCGAGGCGUUGAAGGCUACUGCUAGGGCUAGUGGUGGUGGGAAGAAUGAGACUGAUGGUGCCAAGGCUACCUCUACGGACGCUCACGCAAGUGGGAAUGGAGCUGCGAAGAAGGAUGGAGAUAAGGACGGGUUUGAUGAGGACAAGGCGAUGGAGGAGGCGAGGGGGAAGCUGGAGGGUGUCAAACUUGGUGAUGGCCCGACGGGAGGGAGCGGAGGGGAUGAUGAUGUUGACUGA